AUGAUUGUUGUCAUCGCUUCAGAAAUCAACGCUGUCUCAGUCACUUCUGUUACCAUCACAGCAUCCCGUCCUUGGGAAAUACCCAGGGAUCUUAAUCAAGAUAGAUAUCAACAAGAGUUCGUUCCACCAAAUGCUCCUGUCUUCACUAAUGUGCCUCCCGUUGUUCACUAUACUCCUCACCUAGGAGAACCUGUCUAUCACGGCCCUACCCCAAGUGAGGAUCCUGGUCUCAAUGAUAGAAUGGAUGAAUUCCAGGAUCAGUUUGCGGAAUUACAAAAAGAGAUAGAAGCUCUUCGUGGGAAAGAACUGUUUGGUAGAGGUGUAAAUGAUAUGUGUUUGGUUCCAGACGUAAGGAUGCCAGCAAAAUUUAAACUACCAGAAUUUGAAAAGUACAAAGGAAGUUCUUGUCCACAGACCCAUUUGGUUAUGUACGUGCGAAAGAUGUCAAUGUACACCAACGACCAAAGGAUGCUCAUUCAUUGUUUUCAAGACAACCUUACCGGUGCAGCUUUACGCUGGUAUAUGGGAUUAGACAGUUCUCAGAUCAAGACUUUCAACGAUUUAGGAGAGGCCUUUAUCAAACAUUACAAAUACAACCUUGAUAAUGUGCCAGACCGAGAUCAGUUGAGGUCCAUGCAACAAAGAGAAAAGGAGACAUUCCGUGAAUACAGGCAAAGGUGGCGCGAAAUUGCAGCACAGGUUGUUCCACCUAUGGAAGAAAAGGAGAUGACGAAAGUGUUCUUAAAGACUCUUGAUACUUUUUAUUACGAGAGGAUGAUUGCAAGCGCUCCUACAGACUUUACUGACAUGGUAAACAUGGGAGUCCGUUUAGAGGAAGCAGUUCGAGAAGGGCGUCUAGUCAGAGAAGGAAGUUCAUCUUCAAGCGGGGCAAAGAGGUACGACGGUUUUAUGAAAAAGAAGGAACAAGAAACUAAUGUUGUGUCCUAUGAUCAUCCAAGAAGGAUCAAUUAUCCUUACCAUUCCCAACACCAACAUAUAGCAGCCGUGACUCCAGUAAUCACUUCCGCUCCAGUUCAAGUCCAAUACCCUCAGCAGCGUACCAACCGCUUCCAACAGAAUACUCAGUAUCAGCAACAACAUCAACCUCAACAACAUCAACAUCAGUUACAACAACGUCCACCACAGCAGCAAAGAAGAACCAAUUUUGAUCCAAUUCCAAUGUCAUAUGCAGAAUUGUAUCCAGCUUUGAUCACUAAAAACCUUGUGCAACCACGACCACGACCUCUUGUACCAGAAGUGCUACCUUGGUGGUACAAGCCAGAGGUAUCUUGUCCCUUUCAUCAGAAUGCUCCAGGUCAUGACUUAGACAACUGUUUUGCUUUAAAGUUGGAAGUACAGAAAUUGACAAGAGCAGGUAUCCUGACCUUCAAGAACAUGGGUCCCAAUGUGAAGGACAGUCCAAUGCCAAGUCAUGGUCCUUCAUCAGUGAACAAUAUAGAAGUUUGUCUCAAUGAACAACGUGUUACGAAGAUAGAGGAGAUUCGGCGGUCUUUGGUUGAAAUUCAUUCUGUUUUAUGUGCUCAUGGUCUAUUCCAACAUGACCACCAGAUCUGUGGUACAUGUUCAGUCAAUUCAAGAGGUUGUAGAAAGAUUCAAGAUGAUUUGCAAGGCGUCUUUGAUCAGGGUUUGAUUCAGAUUUCUAGACAAGGGAGUUCUCCAGAAUCACAAGAACAAGAGGUGAAUGUCAUCAUUCCUUGCUUCAACAUUCCAGAGAAAGUAGAGAUAGCUUAUCAUCCGAGGGAGCCAGUGGUGAUUUGCCCUCCGGGCCCAAUGCCUUACACUUCAGAUAAAGCGGUCCCCUACCGCUAUGCAGCAACUAUUGUUAAGAACGGUAAAGAGGUCGAGAUUAAAACCUUAGCCUCAGUUACCAAUAUCGCAGCAAAUAGCCGAAUGACGCGCAGUGGCCGCGUGUUCGCUCCACCGGUUAUCCCAAGUAGAAAUGUUGAGAAAGAUCCAGUAGUCGUGGUACCAGUGACAAGAGAAGCAGAAGGGAAAACAAGCAAUUCAACCCUUGAUAAAGAAACAGAUGAACUACUUAGAAUUAUCAAGCUCAGUGACUACAAAGUGGAUAUAACAGCAGAGCAGUUCAACAAUGUUGUAGGCAGCAUCACUUCGUGCAAUGGCUUAGGCUUUUGUGAUGAAGAACUGCCAGAAGAAGGAAAGAAUCACAACUUCGCUCUCCAUAUCUCAGCCAAUUGUCAAGGGGAUUCUUUGUCUAAUAUCCUAAUUGACACCGGUUCAUCUUUGAAUGUCAUGCCCAAGUCUACCUUGGUGAAGCUAAAGUACAAAGAAGGGCAAAUGCGGCACAGUGGAAUUAUUGUGAAAGCGUUCGAUGGAUCAAGAAAAUCAGUCAUUGGAGAAGUUGAUUUGCCUAUUGGUAUUGGAUCACAUGUAUUCCAGAUCACUUUCCAGGUUAUGGAUAUAGUGCCAGCUUAUAGCUGUCUGCUCGGACGCCCAUGGAUUCAUGAGGCGGGUGCCAUUACAUCCACGUCACACCAGAAGUUAAAAAUUUUCAAGAAUGGGCAAAUAGUGACGGUUAAUGGGGAGCAGGCUAUGCUGAUUAGCCACCUUUCAUCGUUUAGUGUGAUAGAAGCAGACGAAACGGUUGUUCAAACUCCAUUUCAGGCCCUGACCAUCGAUGAUUACAAGAAAAGUGAAGGUUCAAUCGCGUCAUUCAAAGAUGCCCAGCAGAUUGUCAAGACAGGUCCUACAGAAAUGUGGGGCAAGGUGAUGGAGUUGCCAGAAAACGUUAACCAUGCAGGAUUAGGCUUUGUUGAUGAAAAACAAGUGCAGACUUCAGUGGUGCGACCUUUCAAAGAUAUCUUUCACAGCGGUGGGUUUAUCAACAUGGUAGCAGUUGAGGAGGAUACUUUUGAGGGAAAGACAGAAGAGGAAGGCCCCAGAUUUGUGACACCAGGAUUCGUCAUUUCUACUGCGUUUUAUUCGUCUUUCACCGUUUCCGAAACCCGCAAUACGUGA